AUGGCAUACAUGUUACUUUAUGUUGAUGAUAUUAUUCUUACUGCUUCCUCAGAUUCUCUCCGAUGCUCCAUUAUGGCUCUCAUUGCCUCGAAAUUUGCUAUGAAGGAUCUGGGUCCUUUGAAUUAUUUCCUUGGCAUUCAUGUCACUCGACAUAAGGAUGGCAUGUUUCUUUCGCAACGCAAGUAUGCCGAAGAAAUCAUUGAUCGAGCUGGGAUGUAUUCUUGUAAGGCUACUUAUACUCCGGUUGAUACUAAACCGAAGGUGAGCGGCACAUCGGGUGCUCCUUAUGAUGACCCGACUCACUAUCGCAGUCUCGCAGUUGCCCUUCAGUAUCUUACUUUCACGAGGCCAGAUAUCUCUUAUGCUGUUCAAUAG